AAAACUACAUGUGAAACAAACACGUUAACAAAGCGUCAUUGUAGAAAUUGUAUUCACUCUAAUAAUAUUUGACUUUAAAUAGAAUGUAUUGUUCACGUUUACGAUAACGCCUUGAUAGCCACAUUUUGAAUGUAUCAUUUGGUUUCUUUUAAUGCCUACAUCUAUCUAAUUAUAUAUUUAUACCUAUCCUUGGAUAUAUGCACUUAGUUCAAAUUUCAGUAGUUAUGCUAGAAAAAAGCAUAACACAAGUGUACAAUUCAAAUUAAUUUGUUAGAAGUUGAAUUCUAAAAGUGUAUGUAUCAUGAAAGUUGUUUUAUCUGCCUUCCUUUUAUUUAUAUUAUUCAUUCAAACAAACUCUGAUUUUAUGGUGCAUACUGCUGUUCAAGUUAAACAUUCACCAAAUCAAGAAUGGAAAGAACGAACUUCUUCUGCUCGUCUUUUUUCGACAACUCCUACUACUCCAAUUAUGAAAACAACAAUGGCCAAUGUAGAAAGUAUCAGCAGACAUCCUGACAGAAUGCUAUCAAUAAAUUUGAAUUCAAAUUAUAUAAAAAAUUCUGCACGACGAAAGGAAUUACAUGAUCAACCGCAGCUGCCUGUUGUUUAUCCACAAACGUUUUGGAAUUACCGAUCACAUGAAAAAUUACCAGUUGACAGAAAUUAUCAACAUGAUUUAUCAUAUUCAUAUGCUAAUAUGAAUGCAUUUUAUAAUCUACCAUCAUGGUAUAACUUACGAUACAGAAGAUAUCCUCGUGAAGAACCUUUCUCUGUUUAUCAAGAAAAUGUACAAUUACCAUGGAAUUACAAACCAAAAUGUAGAUCAUGCGGUCGACCAUUACUACAAGAUUCGUUUUGUUCAGAUGACUUUGUUAUGCGUGUUUACAUCUACAAAGAAUCAGUGGAAUCAAAUGGUCAACAUCAUUAUCUAGCCUAUAUUUACGAAGUUUUCAAGGAUACAAAGCAAUAUAUGCAACCCACUCGUUUCCGCCAAAUCGUUUACAACUGCGACAGAUUUCAGACUGGCCCAGUAUUAGGUGAAAUAUAUUUGAUAACUGGUAUUUAUAUAUCAAACGUCGCGCACGUUGAUUCCUGUUCGUGGAAGUCACCGUGGAGCCAAGUAACCAAAGAACAGAAACGUCAUUUACGCAAACGAUACAGUCUACACUGUGGAAUAUGUCGAUUGCAACGAGUAUUAUAUGUGAAUCCAGUCCAUCAUCGAGAUCCAAAUACAUGCUAUGUACCAGUUAGUCCCAAUUCAAAUGAAAUGACAUGCAGAGACAAAUUUUCAAUAUGUCGUUUACAUAGACGAACUAAUCGAUGUAGUUUUGCAAACAAUAGACCUUAUCAUAUAUGUGAAACAUGGUCUGCAAAACAUAUAUAACUGAAAAGAUACAAAAAGAUCAUAGACGUUUUGGUAAAUAUUUAGUCUGUUUUACCUUGUUAACUUUACUAUUGAAUACCCAUCAUACUGUUGUCAAUAUUAUGAGUAGUACAAGAUGAAGUACUAGUCAAAAGAGAUAAAUUUAACUCAAAUUGUAUGUAAAUAUUUACUUUCAAGAAAUGUAUUCUUUAUAACUUAAACAAUAUGAAUAUUAUUAUUCGGCUUUAAAUGAUAUAGAAUAUCUCGUCACAAAAAUUGUCGCCAGAUUUAUGUCAUUAAAUAAUCACAUUCCAAUGAGUGAUAAAUAUCCUUCACAUCUUUUCCUUUCUACUUAAACUUCUAUAUCCUUCUUGGAUACAAUUAUGCAUACCAUAUGUUUCUGAUUACGUAGGACGUAAAAUAAUGUUAAAUAUACUUUAAAUUACAGAAGAUAUUCGAUAAAUUAAAUCACUCAUUUCUCUUGCUGUCUAGGUAUGCUAAAGCUUGCAUUUCUUUCAAUAUAUAUUUUGUUUUAAAAGUCUCCUAAUCAUACUUUUUUUUUCUCUUAUUCCUUACAUAUAGCUAUGACUAAUUUAUUUCUAAGAUUUUCACAAUUAUCUGUACAGAACAAUUACUCUUUUGAAGAUUUUAUUUCCAGUUCCUACUUAGUAGAAUGAUUGAAAGAUGCUGAAAAGUGUAAAAUAAAAAGUUACGGUUUU